AUAUAAUCCUUCCCAAUCUCCAAAAACCCUAACCCUAGCAUUUCUAACUUUCGCAGCUCGAGACAACCCCAAUUUCUCCGGCGACCAGCAACCAGCAAAUCAGCCAUGGGUAAGGUACACGGAUCAUUAGCUCGUGCCGGGAAAGUGAGAGGGCAAACACCUAAGGUUGCUAAGCAAGAUAAGAAGAAGAAGCCACGCGGACGUGCUCACAAGCGUAUGCAAUACAACAGGCGAUUUGUUACUGCUGUGGUUGGUUUCGGGAAGAAACGAGGGCCUAACUCCUCAGAGAAGUAGAUGAGGACGUCCAUUGUUGUUUUUCAAGAAUUUGUCACCUUGUUUUGUUUGUAAAUUUUAAUUUUGGGACCUGAUAAUCGGAAAACUAGUUUAUGACUUGUUUUUGUAGGACCAAUGAAUGUUUGAUGUUUUGAAAGUAUUUGAAUUUCAGCCAUGCUAUCUUUUAUUGAUUAUAUCAUCUUAUUCAUGACUUGAA